AUGCGCAAUUUCAUCAGCCUUGCACUGCUUCCUUUAGCAGCUGCAGUUCCUCAUGCUGCUCGCAGCUCAGAGACACAGUAUGACUACAUCGUGGUCGGCGGUGGAACUAGUGGUCUGGUCGUGGCGAACCGUCUCUCCGAGCAAGACAACAUCAACGUCCUUGUUAUCGAGGCUGGAGGCUCGGUAUACAACAACGAGAAUGUGACGGACACUCUCGGAUACGGCAAAGCAUUCGGAACGGACAUCGACUGGGCCUACGAAACAACAAAGCAGGAGUACGGCGGCGGCAUCUCUCAAACGCUGCGCGCAGGAAAAGCACUCGGAGGAACAUCUACCAUCAACGGUAUGGUCUAUCUGCGUGCACAGACAGCACAGAUCAAUGCCUGGGAGACUGUUGGCAACAAGGGCUGGAACUGGAAGAGCCUGUUCCCCUACUACCUCAAGGGCGAGCAAUUCCAAUCCCCAGAAAAGUACUCUUUCUUGGAUGGAUCUGGUGUGGCCUACGACCCAGCUUACCAUGGCUUCACUGGCCCUUUGAAGGUCGGCUGGUCUUCGACUCAGUUGAAUGAUGGUACUGCCCAGGAAGUCAACAAGACCUACCAGAACUUCGAUGUGCCUGUCCCCUACAACAAGGACCCCAAUGGUGGAAAUAUGGUGGGAUACAGCCUGUACCCCAAGACUGUUGACUCUGAGCUCAACAUUCGUGAGGAUGCUGCUCGCGCCUACUAUUACCCUUACCAGAACAGAACCAACCUCCAUGUUUGGCUGAGAACCCAUGCCAACAAGAUUACUUGGAAGGAUGGCAAAGAUGCUGUCGCAGAUGGCGUUGAGGUCACUCUCUCCAACGGUACAACCACCGUGGUGAAGGCUACUCGUGAGGUUAUCCUUGCUGCUGGUGCAUUGAAGUCUCCUGUUCUGCUCGAGCUUUCCGGAAUUGGAAACCCCGAAAUCCUGGCCAAGUACGAUAUCGACACCAAGAUCAACCUGCCCACCGUUGGCGAGAACCUCCAGGACCAGAUGAACAACGGACUCCAGUACGACUCCAAGGCCAGCUACAGCAAGAGCGCCGACUAUGUCGCCUACCCAUCAGCCUCCCAACUGUUCCCUAAUGCUACCGCCGUCGGUGCCCAGCUUCUUCGCAAGCUCCCCGCCUAUGCAGCAAAGGUCGCCAGCGCCAACGGCAAUAUCACAAAGGCCAGUGAUAUCCAGCGCUUCUUCAAGAUCCAAUGGGAUCUAAUUUUCAAGGCUGGCAUUCCUGUUGCAGAGAUCCUCCUUGAGCCCUCUGGAAACACAUACGACACCGAGUACUGGGGAUCUGUUCCUUUCUCUCGUGGAAAUGUUCACCUCGCUUCUGCCGACCCCACCGUCGCAGCCACUAUUGACCCGAAGUACUUUAUGCUAGACUUCGAUUUCCAGGCUCAAGUUCAGGCAGCGCGCUUCAUCCGCGAGCUAUUCAAGACCGAGCCGUUCGCUGACAUGUCCGGUGCUGAGACUAGCCCUGGCAAUUCUGUCGUUGCUGCUGAUGCUGAUGAUCAGGCAUGGUCUGAUUUCAUCAAGCAGAACUACCGAUCGAACUUCCACCCCAUUAGCACUGCCGCUAUGAUGCCCAAGGAAGUCGGCGGUGUUGUUGACACUUCGCUCAAGGUCUACGGAACCUCAAAUGUCCGUGUUGUUGAUGCUUCUGUUAUUCCAUUCCAGGUUUGUGGCCACUUGCAGAGCACGAUCUAUGCCGUUGCCGAGCGUGCCGCCGAUAUCAUUAAGGGCAAGAUCUAA